CAGCGUCUCCAGCGCUGCCUCAGUAGCGUUUCGACGUCAAAGCGAGACGGUCCGCGGUUCGAAGCUCGGCUUGAAUUCCGGGUCCGCGUGCUCACAAUAAAUUCCAACGUGCGCGUGCCAAACAGCAGAGUUGUGCGUUAAACCGAGAAUCUCAACGGCUAAGAUUCAUACGGUUCGUUUUGUGCGUGAGAAAUGACAUAUCAUUCCUCGACCGGCUUUUUCCAACGUUCAUGUGAGCGUAUUGAAUUCUGAGUCCUGUUUGAACAGGCGGUGUUAGUAUUUGUGCUGAAGUGCUGUGUUCUUUGAUUUGAAAAUUACAAUGAGCACGUGAAAAAAAAAAAAAAAAAAAAAAAAAAAAAAACCAACCGCACGUUUUAAACGAAAGUAUUUGUGAUAUUUGAAUGAUAUUUGGUUUUUCCUGUUUUACUCUUUUAACGCGUCGCGUUUAUUGCACCUAUCAAGUCAAACUCAUGCGCUAAAAAUACCCAAAUGCCCUGAUACAUUUGGAUUGAAGUUAAUUUCUAUUUUAAUUUUAUCAAAACGACACAAACUUAUCUUUAUUCAGCCGUAGAGUUAAAAUUACAAAUUUUCAAAAAGAUUGCGUUUCCGUAGCCGCACGUGCAAUUUCAAAACAAAAAUAUUUCGUGGAUGUUUUUCAUAAGUAUGUGGUGAAUAAUUUGAUAGUGACCCCUCGUUCAUAGUUUAUAUUAUUUUCCGUCGUCGCUGAAGACCCCUUCAAGACGCUCGCCACAGUAAAGACAGCACAUUAAUUUGAAAUAAAAAAUCUACAUACUUCCGACUAUGUCUUCAGUAAUGUGAGGGCAGGAUCAUUUUAUUUUGGAAAAAAUCAAAAUCUUGGCGCAGUGAGUGUUCAUUUUCAAUGUUGACAAAUUUGCUCCAAGAUAGGUGACGCUUUGCGGCAAAUUCUCACAUACCUACAAUGCUCAAGACGAGAAAAAAACGGUUCCAGUGACUUCCGUUUCUUCCUCAAGAACCAGCGACCACUCGAGUUUUGAUUAGCAUACAACAAUGCAUUGCCCGGCGUGAAACUUGACCUUGUGAAGGCAGCCCAGAAUCUCACUCUCCAAGAUCACGCGGAAGCACGUAAUUAAUCAGCCAAGAUGUCGAAAGUAACGACGGUCAUACCGGUAACCACGGCCGUACCCGUGGACCCCAGCGUCACCGCCUACCAGCUCAUGUGGGCCAAAGUCGUCACCAUGCUCAUCCUGGGUUUCGGCUCCUUCGUCCUAGGCAUAAUCCCAGUUAAACUAUCGCAGCUCCUCAGGAGCAAACCGCCGUCACCGACAAAGCUCCACGACCAUCAUCACGCCCAAAGCUCCUCGCUGGCCGUGUCCCUCCUCCUGUGUUUCGGCGGCGGCGUCCUGCUCUUCACCACUUUCCUCCACCUGCAACCGGAAGUGCGGGACUCGAUAGACCACCUGAAGGCAUCCCACAUGCUCCCGGAGUUCCUCGUCGAGAACAACGUCAACAUCGCCGACCUCAUCUUCUGCAUGGGAUUCUUCUUCGUGUACAUCGUCGAGGAGUUGGUGCACGUGAUCCUGGACUGGAAGUCCAACGAGCAGGAGGACGAGGCCGUGCUGCACCGGACGAUGUCCCUGCGCAAGUGCUGUCGGCGGCUCAGCGGCGAGAAGUGCGGGCAGCACGGCGAGGGGAACGGCACGCUCAUCCCGAGGGUCUCCUUGACGAGCAAGCCGGUGGACCCGGACCAGAUGGGGGUCAUGAUCAACGGGAGCAUAACGACGAGCACGCAGGGGCUCCUCGACAACACCCAGCUAUCGACGAUCACGUCCAAAUCGAAGAUGACGUCGCCGCUGGACGCGGAGACACGGAUGGUGAACGUCCCGUUCAAGACGCACCACCACCACUCGCACUCGCACGUCGCGCCCUCGAGCGUGGACAUCGAGGACAACGUCUCCGGGAACACGUCGUACGACACGACGGAGGUGGUGGCCAAGUCCUUCCGGGGGCUCCUGGCCGUCCUGGCGCUGUCCUUCCACGAGAUCUUCGAGGGCCUGGCCGUGGGCCUGGAGAAGAGCAAGAAGAACGUCUGGUACCUCUUCAUCGCCAUCGCCACGCACAAGUUCGUGAUCGCCUUCUGCGUGGGCGUCGAGCUGGUCUCGUCCAAGACGCGCCUGUCCUUGCUCGUCGUGUACGUCGCCACGUUCGCCGUCGUGACGCCGAUCGGGAUUGGGGCCGGCAUCGCUCUCUCGACGUACCAUGGCGAGGCCAGCGACGGCGGGCUCACCACCACGCUGCUCCAGGGCAUGGCUGCCGGCACCCUCCUCUACGUCGUCUUCUUCGAGGUCCUCCAGAGGGAGCGCGCCAACACCCAGUCCGGCCUUCUCCAGCUCCUAGCCAUUAUGGCUGGAUUCGGCACCAUGUUCGCCCUCCAAUUUUUAACUCACCAUAGCCACAGUCACAGUCAUCACGGGGGCAGUGAAGCGUUGGCUGGAGAGGACCAUCAUCACUUCCACGAACAUCACGAUGACCAUGACCAUGAUGGUCAUUUCCAUCACCAUUAGGCCAUCAUUGGUGCCUACUUUAGGAGAGAACCGUUUUUAGUCAGACACUUCCAACUCCUUGAGUGAUGCGGUUGGAACGAUUGAACAUUAAGUAAUAAACUGGUCAGAUGAAGUAAGAGAUGGUGGUUAGUUCGGAUUUUGCAGCAAUUUUCCGUUAUUCAAUGACGGCACUACAUAUGACACUAUGAUUUCUCAAAUGCAAAGGAUAGUGGUACUAAAAUCUGAAGUUAGAUAUCUGAACUAAAAUUACGAGUUUUAUUUUUUUACUUCAGUACUAAAAAACAUACAACAAAUAUUUUUGUCUUUAUAUUUUUUGAUGGUUUUUUUCUCUCCUGUUUUUGUUGACGAGUUAAAGAAUUCAUUACAUACUGUAUUCAGAGACUACCCCUUCCCCCGUAUAGGUACCGAGCGAAGAUAGGAUCAUUUAUGAGUACCUACUCCCUGGAAGAGGUGGAUUACGAAAUAUUUGAACGUAACUAUGCUGAAGGGAACUAUGUGUAAAUGGUGUAAAUCAAAAUCAAAAGGACCCACAUCAGAUUUGCGUGCCUCGUAGCUCCUUUUAAUUUUAUUCUUUUGCAAAUAGUUUCUGUUAGCAUGAAUAUAUCCAUCUGUACUAGUGGCGAUUUUGUAAGUUGGCAAGAAUGUUUUUCCUCCAUUUGAAUCCAUUCAAAAUAUCGAUUUUAGGUAAGGCAAGCUGCCUCAUCAAGAAUCGAUUGUUUUACAUACAUUCAAAUGGAAAAAAACAGUGUUGCCAACUUUCAAAAAUUUCCUCUGACCUGUACAUUAUACUAACUUCAUGUCACGACUGUUUGUCAGUGAUAGAACUGAAAAACUAAGGAAAAAGCACAGGAAUACAAUGCCCCUGCUGACUUUAAUUUUUAUUGCCUCUGUAAAAUUACUUGCGUUGAAUCUUAUUUUCAUAGUUUUAUUUUUUAAGAAAAUGUAAAUACAAUGUUUUUAAUUUUUAUCUCUCAGAGGAUUAAGUACAGACAAAUUAGAAAGCUAAAUCCUUACUGUGCUCAAAAUUUGAAGAAAAAAAAAAACUAUGUUUUGCUCGAAAUGCUUACCUUUGAACCUCGAAGAAAAAGAAAAUUCGUGGAGUCAAAGUAAACCAAGGAUCUUUCCUGUUAUUACAACGAUAAACUCCUAGCUUUCACGGGAUAAUUGACAAGAAUUCUUGCGACUUCGGUAGGAAGCUUUUUCUCGGUAAUAGCACUACUGUUUUGGGUUUCAUCUAUAAACGGUAUGAUCCUUUGUAGAAGCAUCUAAAUUACUUAUUAAAAUGAACUUUCAAUUAGAAAUGACCGGUUAAACUAUCUGUAUCAAAUGUAAUGCCUAUGAAGGGCACUUGAUGAACGCAAAUUUAUUUUAUUGAACUCAAUCGUUUCAAAAUAUUUAACGAUUUCAUUGACGAUAGCUAUAUUUUCUCAAGUACUCGUAAGCAUCGAUAUACACACUGCAGAUUUAACUUUUAUGUUCAUUUCUUAUUCCGUAAUAUUAUUCAUUUAUUUUAAUGGAGAUCUUCGUCUUGCGGUUAUAAAUACAAACACUACAAAAACCUCUCUUCGAAAAUCGUUCGAGUUCCAGGACCUUCUUGUGGAGAUUCGUUUUUCUCACAACAUAAGAUAAUGACGAAUAUAUGUUUUACUUUUGGUCUUAAAAAUGUACAUCUGUUUCUAUGUAAUAUUCUUCAGUGCGCAUAAGUAACUCAUAGAAAUUAUUAUUGUAUAGCAGUUCCUUCUCCUUUUCUAUCUCUGUCUCGCUCUGUAUGGUAGACACUCCUGAUUUGGUGAAGCCAUAUUAUUAUGUUCAAAUGAUUAUGCAUAAAUGCAGUUUAAUUCGUUGCCUAGAGUAAGUUCAUCAAUAAUAACAUGAACUUACUUAAAUCAAAAGGAACCAUCUCCAUUGCGACAUUAGCCACUAUGCAAUUUAUGAAUGUGUGCUCAUGAGUCUUAGAGCCCAGGAGGUAAUGGUAAAGGUUCCUUGUAAUUUAAAUGUAUCAAAAUAGUAUCACGUGAGUUCAUAAUGCGUUUUACCCUCUUUUUUCUUUCGAAUUUCAAAUGAAACGCACAAACUCAAUAUCUGGCAAUCUCCUUUCUCCCCAUCCAAUCUUAAUUUACACUUAAGUGUACUUUUACAUAUUUAAAUUCAGGAGGAACAUGGAUAAGCAAGGAGAGAUUUGAAAUGGAAUGCCUCGGAAAAAUGUUUGGAUGCUUAAAUAUUUGAUUGGUCCACGGCAUUCUAAACUGACAGUGCAAGAGUAAGAGACAUACACAUUCACUUUCAAUUUGCGCUCUCAAUUCAAGACGCUAAUACAGAACUGAUUUCAUUAUUUUCACUCAAGUUUGUGAUUUUCUUCCUGGUAAAGUAUUUAGAAGAACGUAUGGGCGGGUAUGUAAUAAGGUCAUAGACUAUUUUGUUAAAUUGUAUUUUUUUCAUAAAAAGUAUUUUUGUGAGUCCGUUUGAAGCUAAAAUUAUUUUUUAUUUAAACUUAUGUAAGUAUUAAUUUAUUUUUGUACUGUGUUAGGUUUAAGAAUCGAUGUAUGAAUACUUGUUUUACAUUCGCUUUCCAUAUUUGUUUCUUUUUCUUUCUUUUUUUUAAAAAAAAAACACAUCCAGAUAUAUACAUUAUUCUCACUGUGCUAUAAAAUUGCAUGGGAGAAGAUCAAUGAAAAUAUCGAGCAUGUAAAAAAAUAAAUGAUUGAUUGUACAAA